CAUUGAUAGUAUAAAGUCUGUGCUGGACUUCAACUUGAUAUCAUUUGCUCAGCAGAAGCUAACUGAUAACAAACCACCAAAAUGUUCAAGUUGUUCAUCUUCGCCUGCUUCCUCGCUCUCGCCGCGGCCGAGCCCAAGCCCGGCGUCUUCGUCGGAGGCUACGCAGCGCCCAUAGCCGCCGCGUACACCGCGCCGGUAGCUGCUGCGUACACCGCGCCCGUCGCCUACUCUGCCUACAGCGCGCCUUUGGCUGCCUACUCCGCCUACAGUUACGCGUCUCCGUACUCAUACUUUCUCCGCCGUAAAUCAAGUACAGUAUUUAAAGUGGAUGGUUACCUCGAUGGACAUCAUUCACUCUUUCAGUUCACAACAAGAACAAACAAACCAACAAACAUGUACAAGCUGGUAAUCUUCGCUACCCUUUUGGCUGUUGCUGCUGCUAAACCAGGCAUUCACAGUAUUGCUCCGGCAGCGUACGCCGCACCCGUUGCAGUAGCCGCUCCCGUAGCUGCUGCCUACUCCGCCCCGGUCGCAGCAGCAUACACUGCACCGGUCGCAGCAGCAUACGCUGCACCCCUACGCUACGAUGCCUACAGCGCUCCUGUCGCUGCUGCCUAUGCUGCUCCCGUUCCCGCCGCCUACGCCGCCUACAGCGCACCUGUAGCAGCCGCAUACUCAGCACCUCUAGUAUCGGCUGCCUACAGGGCUCCCCUUGCUUUCCUUAAGUGAAUGGACUGAUCUAACAACCCAAAGAAUGAUUAAUAAAUGAAUUUGAUAUUUUGAUAAA